AUGAGCGGCUUUCGUUUUCUCAAUCUUGUUCGUCCGUUCCUUCCCAUCUUGCCAGAGGUUUCGUCACCGGAUCGCAAAGUACCUUUCAACCAAAAGGUGCUAUGGACAGCUGUAACUCUCCUCAUUUUCUUGGUGUGCUCUCAAGUUCCCCUGUACGGCAUCAUGUCGUCAGACUCUUCAGACCCGCUUUACUGGAUGCGUGUCAUCAUGGCGUCUAAUCGUGGAACGCUUAUGGAACUUGGAAUUACCCCCAUUGUGACAUCCGGGAUGAUCAUGCAACUUCUUGCUGGUGCAAACUUGAUUGACGUCGACUUUAGCUUGAAGGAGGAUCGUGCUCUGUUUAGUGGGGCUCAAAAACUCUUUGCUCUCAUUAUUUCCCUCGGCCAGGCCACCGUCUACGUUCUCACAGGACUCUAUGGACAACCAAAGGAUCUCGGCGCCGGUGUUUGUCUCCUUCUUAUCAUCCAACUCAUCGUUGCUGCCCUUAUCGUCAUUCUGCUUGACGAGCUCCUCCAGAAAGGCUAUGGUCUCGGAUCAGGAAUUAACCUUUUCAUCGCUACCAACAUCUGCGAGUCCAUUAUCUGGAAGGCCUUCUCCCCCACCACCAUCAACAUUGGACGAGGAGCCGAGUUCGAAGGUGCUCUUGUCGCUCUCUUCCAUCUCCUCUUCACCUGGAACGAUAAGGGCCGCGCCCUCAGGGAAGCUUUCUGGCGGGAGCGUCUUCCCAACGUUAUGAACCUCAUCUCUACUGUCGUUAUCUUCGCUAUCGUCAUUUACCUCCAGGGAUUCCGCAUUGAGAUUCCAGUAAAGAGCAACAAGUUCCGUGGCCAGCGUGGCACGUACCCCGUCAAGCUCUUUUACACCUCGAACAUGCCCAUCAUGCUCCAGUCCGCUUUGACUUCCAACGUCUUCAUCGUUUCCCAAAUGAUCGCCUCCCGCUUCCCCAGCAACCUCUUCGUUCGACUUCUUGGCGUUUGGGAGCCCAUGGAAGACUCACCACAACUCCGCGCCACCUCUGGCAUUGCAUACUACAUGUCACCCCCGCACACCGUCAAGGAAGCCAUCCUCGACCCCAUUCACACGGCCGUGUACAUCGUAUUUAUGCUCUCCGCCUGCGCUCUCUUCUCCAAGACAUGGAUCGAAGUUUCUGGUUCAGGCCCUCGGGAUGUAGCCAAGCAGCUCAAGGAACAACAGAUGGUUAUGGCAGGCCACCGUGAAGGAUCCAUGUACAAGGAGCUCAAACGCGUCAUCCCAACUGCAGCCGCAUUUGGCGGUGCUAUCCUCGGUCUUCUGUCAGUUGCUGCCGAUCUCUCAGGCGCCAUCGGAAGCGGCACUGGUAUUCUCAUGGCUGUUACCAUCAUCUACAGUUACUGGGAGAUCGGGAUGCGCGAAUCUGGGGGACCAGAAAUGGCGGCGUUUGGCGAUCUGUUGUAA